GGGCACGCGCUGGUGCUGAGCUUCGCCGACCUGUCCGUCUGGUGCUACGACUGCGAGGCCUACGUGCACAACGAGUCCUGUGCCGAGCCGAGCCGAGCCGAGCCGAGCCGAGCUGUGCUGUGCCAUGCAGCCCCACACUCUGGAGGUGGCCCGGCUGUACCAGACUGAGUUCAUCCGGAGCGCGCGGGCGGUGGGCGCCCUCUGGGCGGUGUGCACCCUGUGCUUUGCCGUCAUCGAAGUGGUCAUCCUCAUCCAGCCCUCCUGGGUGGGCACCGGGGAGGUGCGAUACCGGCCCGGCCAGGGGGGGGCGCCCCCGCUGGCCGGCUCCCUGGGGCUGUUCGAGGUGUGCCUGGACACCGACUGGCUGGUGCCCGAGUGCCGGGGCUCGCUGGGCACCCUGACGCCCCUGCCCUCCUUCCAGACGCCCGCGGUGCUGGUGUGCAUGUCGCUGGCGCUGGUGUGGGCCAGCGUGGGCUGCCUGGCGCUCUUCCGAUUCUGCAACGCCGCCACCGUCUACAAGAUCUGCGCCUGGCUGCAGCUCUCCGCCGGUGAGGGCGCCGGGCCGGCGGGGGGCGGGCUCCCACUGCGCAGCGGCCUGCUCCGCUCCCGGGCUCCGGAACCUGCUGAGAGCACGUGGCUGGAGAGCCUGGACGGGCUGUCGCUGGCCUUCGUCCUGGGCAACAGGCAGGACGCCCUCCUGCCUCAGGACAGCAAGCAGGGGCCUGGUCUUCACCUGGCUUCCUAGAGACUCUGGAUGGAAAGGAAGACUGGGGAAAGGGUGUUCUGGUGCUCUCUGCUCAUGUGAUUCAUCACUGCUGCCCCCACCCUCCUGUUCAGGAGAUAAGCAGCAGUAACAUCAAGAACACUGCCUCCCUCCUUUCAACAGCAUCUCCUGAUUACAUAACUCACUCCAUCGGCAUAGCAACCGUCACCUGGCAACUGCAGCCCUGCAAAGAAAAUUGCCUUUAUGUGCUGAGCAAUGAGGACUUUUUAUUUUUGGCACUAUUCUGUGCUGUGAUGCUCUGCAUGGCUACUGAUUUAGGGAGAAAGAGCCGUGUGAUACAAGCAUACUAAACCCUAGUCCACUGUCAGUACACUGAGCCUAAUAGAGAACAGAUGGAGGUAAAUGAAGACAAUCUGUUCUGUACAUUAUCAGACAUGAGACAGAUAGGGAGGGGGUUGAUAAUGCCGAUAUGUGGGCUGACUGGACACUACAGCCCUUCAACACUGCACUGAUACAGACCACGCUGACUGGACACUACUGCACUGAUACAGACCACGCUGACUGGACACUACAGCACUUCAACACUGCACUGAUACAAACUUGAGGACAACCUGAACAAUUUAUACAGUGAGUGAGAUGGAAGAGAAGAAUAAAUAUUGUAAACUGUGCAAAAGGCAUUUAAAUAAGACUGGGAUAAGCACUGGUGAGAGAUGGUUAGCACUGCAGUGAUGAUGUAAUGUUUUGCAGCUAAGGAGAGAACCGAAUCUUCAUGGGUGAAGUUAUACUGCUGUUCUGGAGGAGUGGUUUAGUAUAUUUCCCUCCACCUCUCAGUAGUCUCUUGCCUCUUUCAAGACGUCAGCCUCUCUUCAGACAGCAGGGGCAGAGGAGGACUGAGCGAUGGGGGGGAAGACACAUCUCUCGUCUCUCCUGGUCCUGAGGGAGUUUUCAUCCUGUCGGACCGGAGCAGGAUGCUGUGGCCCUGCUCCCAGAGGAACCUCUGGAGGGGGGUCCUCUGGUUUAAAGUCCAGCCAAGGUCCAAACUCCCAUGCGGAGCAACCUCUCUCAGAUCUCUGCUCACCGACCAGUGGGAUCUCCUCAUAAACUAGAGGAGUCAAACUCCAUUCCUGGAAGAUCUAGCUCCUCCGGGUUUGUGGUGCAACCUGAGUAGUCAAUAACACGAUUAAACACAGUUCGCCUAAGAAUAUUCUUAAUUCCACAGGUAAAGGAUUUUACAAUUGGUUACUAAUAAAAUGCACUCCAGGAAACAUACAGGUACCUAGGUUGUAAAACACCAUCACGCCUGGUUGGAGGUAUUAACAGUUUUGUCGUGAAUUAAACAAUUCGAUCAACUGUGUCGCUGAGCAUUUGGGUGGAGCAGACCUAGAAGACACCUAGAUGUUCUAGAGGAGUCUGACGCCCUGCUGUACACCUCCAGCGCUGCAGUCUGGACCCAGGGAGCCGGCCGGUCGUGGCCCUUUCUCAAUCCCUGUGGUCUCAAGUCAAGGACACCCUGCUGGACCAGACUGCUUCCGUCCCGGUGAUGGAGGGUGACGAUCCACAGAGCCUCAUGUUGAUCCCAAACCUGGCCUCUCUGUGCCCAGCGCUGGCUGGCUUGAGGUCCACAGGGCAUCUCCGUGCUCAGCAGGAGCUUCGGUUGAACUCCGAGUUUCAGGAGGCCUCUUAAACUGUUUUACCGAUGCCAUGUUCGAGUUGCAAGUAUUUACCGAUAGCAAUGUCCGCCCCUUCGUUGUAUGGGGGGGCUCAGUUAAAUAAUCUAGAGUUCUGCUGAGUCAGAACUUCAGGUUUCGGGUCAGGAUUGGGAAGUCCAGCUUUAAAGACCGGGAGAACGCAGGAAUCAGAAGGGCCAGUGGCUCCACAGCUGUGCUCUGGGUCCCCAGCGAAGACUGACCUUCAGAGCUCAUACUGUGCCCAUCCACUCCAGAAUCUCCCCCCAGCCACCUCCUUAACUAGUUAAGCUGGUUAGCUUGAUGAACAUAACGAUAGGCUAUGGUAGGAACAGGAGGUCUCCAGGCUGAGUGACAUUUCUGCCUAAACUCUGUGGAUCCCAAUUCUGCAAGUAGAGGACAAGUCCUGCAGUUCUGAAUGGAGCAACGCAUGUGCUUCCUCAGGUACAGCCAGUUGAGUUUAGAAUUGUAAAGCAUGUACUGCUGUAGCCCCUACUGUGUAUGUGAUUUAUCUUGUCAAGGAGGAAAGUAGGCAUUGAAACAAAUUCCACGUGAUCGGGUAUACAUUGUAUCUGUGUGAGGAUUUCCCUCUUGUUAUCAGGACAGAAUAAAGUGUUGCUAAAUGCA